AUGGCUAUGCGGGUGGAUGCCCAGGCAAAUCCAACGGCAGGGGGGCUUAGUACACCGCAGGCUGCCCCCACGGCCUCUACACCAUUAGCGCCGUCGUCUACUAGGCUUCAUGCCGUGGCAAGGCUUCGUCGAGCCGCCUCGCAACGUGAAAUUCGUGCUGCCUCGCCACGUUCGACGCCCCAUGCGGACGGGCAUGCCUCACCCAGCGCGCCUGUGCCGACGCCGAGCGUGUUGCCGAGCUCCGCUGUCCCUUCGCCUCCGCCGCGACCCACGUCAGGGCCACUGGAGGGACGAGCUGAGGCGACAGAGCCUACUACCACGGCACCUACUACCACCUUCACGCCUCUGCCUUCGCUCGAGCAGCUUCGGCAACGUAUUCUCCAGGAACGAAAGAGAAAUGGCCUGUCUCGAUCGGCUAGUGCGAGUGCUACGUCACGUAUGGCUCGUGCCUAUACCAUGCAAAAACUUCUUGGCGCCACGACCCCUGUGCCGUACCAUGACAUGUUUGCGUUUGUACGCAGUGUCAAUGAGGCACACAGUGGCAUGGAUCCUGAUACAUCACUCCGCUCCGAAGGCAGUCAAGAGAACCCCUCUGAGCUUGAGCCUGAGGCGCCCAGCGCCGAUGUAGCCGUGGACGGCCUGCGUCCCAGCCCCUCGCGCGAUCCUAAACGCGCGACGCUUAUGCGCAGUGUCUCUGCCCGCGAUGUGGCUCGCUUGCGUAUGUUUCGCAAGAUUGAUAAGCGACGUGAUCGCGAUGCUAGUGAGACGCGGCCUGCGAUGCCAGCGCCAGCGCCAGCACCAGCGCCUACCUCGCCUCGUGCAUCUGAUACCGGCAAUGCCACGGUCUCCGUUUUCUCUGAUGACAGCAGCUCCCAAGCGCGUGACUCGGCGAGUACAUCCAGCUGGCGCCUGAGCUUGUACGACUACGAUCGUGCGAGCCCUACCAAGCCGCCGGCCACCACAGCCGCAGUCUCGCCGCCCAGCCAAAUCAGCAAAGCGUCACGGCUUGAGUCGUUCCCUGACCCAGGCGAUUCUCGCGUGGUGGGGUUGGGCGUGAGUAUGCCCUCGAGCGCCACGUUGGCCCCUCACCGCGUGUCAUCGGAUGGCUUGGCUGCUCGGACCCCCAACGCCUCUGCCACGCGUAUAGUUCAGCGUGGCUCGAACAGCUCUACACGAUCAAUCUCGGGGCGCACGGCAGUACGUACCGCCUCGCCCUCAUCGUCUGCGCCCUCGUCGCCUCAUCGCUCACCACGACGUCCGCCGUCAGGCACCACACGAUCGCCCUUGCAUUCGGCUACCUCGCCGCGUCUGCGUGAGCCCGAGUCAGGGUCUGCGUUGGCCUACUUAUCGCCGACCUUGCCGACUCCACCGACGCCUGUCACGCCGAUGGUACCUGUACCCCUGCCCAUGUGGCGCUCCGCCUCAGAAUCGAUACCGUCUGGCGUGCCGGCGCCGGCGUUGCCUGUGGCACUCAGCGCUGAAGUCCCACGCGUCUCGCCCGGCCUUACGACAGACGCAGCGUGGGCGGCCUCGUCAGGAGAGCGACCCCGCAGCAAACCACUUCCUCGUCUUCCCGAGCCUACGUCGACGUGGCCACAGGCGGAGACGUCACUUGAGGCCCCUCUUCAUCGACGCACGGCCAGUGUGAGUAGUGCAAUGCAUGACGAGACGGAGGAGGAGAAGAAAGAAGCGCGUGUAGUGCGGUUAUUUGGCUCGUUACGUCGUAAGACGUCUAGGCGGGGCCUGGCGGCGUUGCGUCGUGCGCAGAAAGAGAACGAGGUAGCGAGUCUGGCCUCGCUUGUGCUUCUGGGCGAGAGCAAUGAGGCCCUGAUCCAUGAAAAGGUCGUGACACUGCCCCUCACCCCGGCGGCGCUCAUGCGCUGGAACCAAACGCUGACGCGGCCUGUGCGCCACGUGCUCUCUCAGUUCCCAGCCGACAUUCCGUUGAUUCUUGCGCUGGAGCCGCCCCGUCGGCUCUUGCGUGUCAUCCCACUGCUGCAAGCGGCUGGCGAUGAGUAUGUCAAGCUGCGGUACGUGCUUGUUUUCUCCGAUGUGAUUGUGUUGGCGAAGCCAGCGAUCACUCCAACGGAGAAUGAGUCGUUGUCCGAGUACAUGCUGCGUAAACUGCAAAGCUUACCGGAUUUGGGCGAGGCAUGCACACCAUUUGCCGUACUGGAUCUUGCGUCGACCACGCUGGAAGAGCAUUCAUCGCACAGCGAAGAAGAGAUCCAGGCGUUGCUGUGUUGGCAUGGCCCGGCGCUGGAGACGGAUUUUGAUGCCACCAUGACACGCCUUGCACAGCAUGCUAUGCCGCCCACCACGCAAGCGCAGCUGCUCUUUGCGUGCCCGACGCUGGAUCGACGGGCUGUGUCGCGGUUCUUGUACCGCCAUGCCGAUGUCUUGGAGGCGUACGUUGCGCAGCAUAAGACGAGCGGCGUCCCGCUAGACUGGGCGUUGCGUGCUAUGCUUCUUGACGUGUGCUGGCCGGCCGAUCGUCGUACAUUCGAUGGACUCUUGCAUGCGUUUGCCGUGCACUGGUAUGCGUAUCAUGCUACCGAGCCCACGUCGCUCACGCUCGACUUGGUCCAUCAGCUGACCUUGUCGUUGAUGGCGCUCAACGAUGCGUGGCAUAACACUUCUGGCCUCUUUGCACCGACAGGGACACAGACAUCGCUCGAUACGUUCAUGGCGCGGUGCCGCGCCUUUGAUCCCGGGCGUGUGCUGCGUGAUCAGGAGCUAAGUACUAUGUACAUGAGCAUACGCACGUCGCCACUCCUCCCGCCGAGCACCGACGAAGAGGCGCUACGUACUAUUUCCUUUGAUCCAGCGCCGCUCUCCACCGGUCUCGCGCCGGGGAUGCCCAGCGCGCCGAUCCGCGUGCGUAUCGAGGCGCCUGAUCCGGAGCUGCGCGUCCGCUUGGUUGGUCGUGGGCUCUACAUUGAUCCGCCUGUGUUGUCGUUCGCGCAUGCGGCGGAGGCUGAAUGCACGAUCUGCCCCACGACACCAGGCCCUCAUGAUGUGGUGCUGAUACGUACCGGCCGCCACGCGCCUUUGUACGCCGGCCACGUCCCACGUCCUGGCUGGCAAGCGUUGCCGCGGCAUUGGUCCGUGCUGCCGGAGUCAGGUGCUUCGCGGCCGACCGUAUCGUUGGUCCAUACGUCGCCCUUGCAUGGCCAGCGGCACACGUCGACAUUCUACAUGACCAAUUCGACCAGUGCACGUCACAUUUCCACUCUGUUACAGACCAGCAUCGAUGCGGCUCAAGCGCAUGCACGUUCCCUCUCGCAGGCCGAGCUGGACAUACGCAGUCUAGGCAUGCUCGUCCUAGAUGCGGCGCUGCUUACCGACGAUACCAACGACGCUCGACGUCGUCCACGCCCCCGUGUGGGCACAGGCCUUGAAAUCGUUCGAACAACGCGCGAAUGCAGUCUGUUGCCCUACGUGCUGGGCGUCACAUCCACACCUGCCCAGCCAUAA